UAAUUUUCCCCAGCUAGGCCACAUUGGUUCUUUCUUUAACCAUUAGUUCUAGAACCUUUAAAACCCUAAAGAGAUCUUUCAGAGAACAGAAAGAAGAAGAAGAAGAAGAAAAUAUAUGCAAUGGGUCCCUCUUCAGAGAUUUCAGAUGGUUCAAUAUUUCCGAUCAAAACUGUUGUUGUGCUGGUCCAAGAAAACCGGUCAUUUGAUCACAUGCUGGGAUGGAUGAAAAGCCUGAACCCCGAAAUCAAUGGCGUCGCCGGAAAGGAGUCCAACCCGCUCCCCACCUCCGGCGGCGCCCAAAACUCGACGAACGACGUCGUCUUAUUCGGGAACAAAUCGCAGUACGUUGAUCCGGACCCGGGCCACUCGAUCCAGGACAUCUACGAGCAAAUAUUCGGGGCGCCGUGGAGCCAAGACUCGGCCGGCAAGAAACUGGAGCCGACCAUGCAAGGGUUCGCGGCGAACGCGGAGAGGAAUCAGGCGGGCAUGUCCGGCGCGGUGAUGAACGGGUUCGUGCCGGAGGCGGUGCCGGUUUACAAGGAGCUUGUGAGGGAAUUCGCGGUGUGUGACCGGUGGUUCGCCUCCGUCCCCGCCUCCACGCAGCCGAAUAGGCUGUUCGUGCACUCCGCCACCUCGCAUGGCGCCACCAGUAAUGACACCAAAAAGUUGAUCGAAGGUUUCCCGCAGAAGACAAUCUUUGAGUCCAUGGAUGAAGCUGGCUACUCAUUUGGGAUUUACUAUCAGUAUCCACCCUCCACACUCUUCUACCGGAACCUUAGAAAAUUGAAGUACAUUAAGAACUUCCACCAGUUUGAUAUUCACUUCAAGACUCAUUGUAAGGAGGGUAAGCUGCCCAACUAUGUGGUAGUUGAACAACGUUAUUUUGACUUGAAAAUAUUACCUGGGAACGACGACCACCCCUCCCAUGAUGUGUUCGAGGGCCAAAAAUUCGUUAAAGAAGUUUAUGAAGCGUUGAGAUCCAGUCCUCAAUGGAACGAAAUGUUGUUCCUAAUCAUAUACGAUGAGCAUGGUGGGUUCUACGAUCAUGUGCCCACUCCGGUCACCGGAGUCCCAAAUCCCGAUGGCUUAAUCGGCCCCCAACCUUACAAUUUUCAGUUUGAUCGCCUUGGCGUUAGGGUUCCGGCUAUUAUGGUUUCUCCUUGGAUUGAACGAGGAAAAGUGAUUACAAAAUAUUGUGUGGGUGCAGUGUUGCAUGGACCUUCAGGACCGUUCCCUAACUCAGAAUACGAGCAUUCUUCCAUUCCAGCAACGGUGAAGAAAAUUUUCAAUUUGAACCAGUUUCUUACUGAGCGGGACGCAUGGGCAGGCACAUUUGAGACUGUGAUAACUAGAACUACUCCAAGAAAAGAUUGCCCAGAAACAUUGGCAGAACCAGUGAAAUUACGGUCGGCCGAAGCGAAAGAAGAUGCAAAUUUGACAGAGUAUCAAAAAGAGAUGGUGCAGAUGGCAGCUGUUCUAUGUGGAGACCACAUGAAAGAAGACUACUAUCCCCAUAAGUUGGUAGAGAAUAUGAGUGUUGCAAAAGCUGCUGAUUACUCUCACCUGGCCUUCAACAAGUUCUUAGGUGAUUGCGAGAAUGCAAGGCAGCGUGGGAUCCAUGGAGAUUAUUCCGUCGUUGCUUUGUCAAAACAACCGCCGUCGCCCAACACUACUCCCAGGAAACCCAAAUCCUUCGCUACCAAGUUCCUUUCCUGUAUUGCUUGUGGCCGUAAUUGAUUCAUUAGCGCAGCUUUGAUAUAAUUAUAUUCAUGGUUUUUAUGGACAAUACUUUUUUUUUCCUGUUAUUUGGGAUCUAUAAUUUGUUUUAUUUGACAAAUGCAAGUCAUUGUGGAAAAUGUUGA